AUGCUAGAAACAGACGAGCUAGAAGAAUAUGAAUUAGAUAACGAACUUCAUGACGAGACCAUUAAUAAUGAUGAUAUUGCUAUGCUACUUGAAGACCUUUUAGCUGAAACUAAUCUGGUAGUUCAAGAAUUAUCAAAUAAUAUCGAAGAAUAUAUCCAAAUGAUUGACCAACUAGCUGUGACAGAGAACAUACUAAUAGAUGAAGAGGCUGUUAAGGUAUUAGAGAAAGUUAUAAGAUAUCAAGAGGGUCUCGACGUUGGAAAAG